AUGCAUUUCUCCGGACUUCUCGCUGUCGCGGCCUCGGUUGCCUCGGCCUCUGCUGCGUCCCAAGGUUUCAACUACGGAUCCACCAAAUCCGAUGGAACCUUUUUAUACCAGGCCGACUAUGAAUCUCUAUUCACUGCUGCCCAGGGUUUAACUGGCACCAACGGUGGAUUCACCAGCGCCCGUCUCUAUACCACCAUCCAAGGUGGAAGCUCAACCAACGAACCUAGCGAAGCUAUCCCAGCUGCUCUCAAGACCAAGACCUCCCUUUUGCUAGGUCUUUGGGCAACUGGUACCGAUGGAGAAUUCGCUGCCCAGAUCACCGCCUUGACAACCGCUCUUGGACAAUGGUCUGGAUGGACCGACCUCGUUGUUGGUAUCUCUGUUGGAAGUGAAGAUCUCUACCGUGAUUCUGCCACGGGUAAGGCGGCCAGCGCCGGUGUUGGAGAAGACGCUACUGUCCUUCUCGCACGCAUCAACCAGCUCAAGGCCGCUAUCAAGGGCACUGCGCUCGAGCAGGUGCCUAUCGGCCACGUCGACACAUGGACUGCGUGGACCAACGAUGGAAGCCCUCCUACCGAUGUCAUCAGCGCUAUUGACUGGCUCGGAGUUGACGCUUACCCAUACUUCCAAAACACACAGUCGAACGCCAUCACCAGCGGAAAGUCGCUGUUCGAGCAAGCUGUCUCCAACACUCAAGCAGUCGCGAACGGCAAAGAUAUCUGGAUCACUGAGACCGGAUGGCCCGUCAGCGGAUCGGUCGAGAACCUUGCUAUCGCUUCCACCGAUAACGCCAAGACCUACUGGGACGAGGUUGGAUGCCCACGAUUCGGAAACGUCAACAUCUGGUGGUACACUCUUCAAGAUGCUGCACCAACCACUCCAGUCCCAUCUUUCGGUGUUGUUGGCAGCACUUUGAGCACCACCCCUCUUUAUGAUCUCUCUUGCAGCAACGUCACAUCUUUAAGCAGCAACGACGCAUCUUCUUCAAGCAGCAGUGCAUCCGCCUCUGCUACUUCCAGCGGCGCAACUACUCUAGCAACCGCUGUUGUAUCAUCUGGUAGCCCAUUGACCCCAACUCAGGGUAGCGGCGUCUAUGGCAGUGGUAACAGCUCCUCUGUUCUAGCUACUGGUACUGGAGGGUAUGUUGCAUCCAAGUCAAGUUCUGUUGCUACUGGUGGAUCUAACCUCACCAGCUCCAGUGGCUCGAGCGGAAGUGGUUCAGGCAGUGGAAGCGCAUCUGCAUCAAAGACCUCUGGCCCAACUUCUGCGCCUGCUGGUCCCACAGCCACCACGGCGAGUGCUGCAUCUUUCAUGUCGGCAUCCUUGGUCGCCGCCUUCGGUGCUAUGUUCGUUGCCGUCUUGACCCUGUAA